AUGUUUGUAAGCUUUGUUUGCAGGCAUCCAGCAAUUGUUCUUUCUCACAUAGCCUUUCGUGCUGCGGCUAUACUUUUCUAUGUGCUUGCAUAUAUGUUUACCGACUCUUUUAUAAUACAAUUCCUAAUAAUUUUGUCACUUUUGUCGGUAGACUUUUGGACGGUUAAAAAUAUAACUGGUCGACUCUUGGUUGGCUUGAGAUGGUGGAAUUUUGUAGACUCGGAAGGCAAUAAUCACUGGAGGUUCGAGUCUGCGAAGGAUACCAGCAGAUUUGACCCUUUAGAAAGAAAAGUUUUUUGGGGUGGAUUGGUCGUGGGCCCGCUGCUCUGGGCAAUGUUAGUUUCUAUCGCCUUUAUCACUUUCAAAUGGGAGUGGAUGGUGAUAGCACUAAUGGGACUUGCAAUGAAUGGUGCCAAUCUUUAUGGCUAUUUGAGGUGCAAGUGGACCAGCACUCAAGAUUUUACUAAUUAUGUUUCAAAAUGGGCUUUUCUUUCUGUAAAUGUUGCGGAGAUCUACACCGACCUCGCAACCACAGAAAUUGUCUGA